GCAUCGGCCCAGCAGUGCCCAUUCACAGAUGCUCCCACACAGCUUUGGGGUUACAUUAUCCCAUGUGUAGGAUUUUAUUAACUAUCCCGGUUAAUUUUAUUAACUCCUUACCCUGGCUACAGAGGGAAAAGCUGGAAUAGCGAGGGGCGGUGGAGCAGAAGGGAAUGGGCUUUGUCCCACUGCCCAGCCCAGGGGCGGUGCAGCCAGGGCUUCCAGUGCCGCUGGUGCUACAGCCCUCGCUCCUCGCCCAGUGUUUGCUGGCGCAGGGGGAAAGCCAUCCCCUGCAGGGGCUUGUCGGCACCCAGUGCCAUGUGGGGUCUGCUGCUCUGCGGGGGCUGCCUGCUGGCCACCAGCUACCUGGCAGGUGCUUUGGGCGGUUGCUCGCACCAGUGCUGCCCGGGCAGGAACAAUGCCUGCUGGGCCCCAGGCACCCGUCGGGCUCGCUGCUACUGCGACUCGUACUGUGAGAGGACAGGCGACUGCUGUGAGGACUACCAUGCUGCGUGCCACCGUGCCGCGGUGGGCUGUGUGGUGGGGCCCUGGGGGCCGUGGAGUGGGUGCAGCUCCCUUUGUGGGGUUGGCAGUGAGGCCCGCAGCCGCCAGGUCACCGUCCCGCCCCGGCACGGAGGGGAGCCCUGUCCUGACCUCAAGCAGCGCCGCGGGUGCCUAGGAGAGCACCCAGUCUGUGGGGCAGCCAAAGAAGUGGCCAAGAUAUUACCUGAUUCCUUCAGUCGAGACUUCAGGGAUCCCUGGCGGGGAGCCGGACAGCUACUGCCACAGGAGCCCUCUGGCUACUGCGGCUAUUUUCGCCUGACACAGGUAAAGCCACCCUGCCGUGGGCAGGCCUGGAGCCGCCAGCUGCACCGGGACAAGCGGGUGUGUGUCAAGUGCCGGGGAAACACAUCCCACCGCCGUCCACAUUGCACGGGACAUGGGCUGCAAGGAGCCAGGACAUUUUGGGUAGCUGCUUCCGUGGCAGGGUGCCAGGGCUUGUGGGUGCAGGAGGGGCUGCAGGAGGUUUGUGUCUGCCCCCCACCAGCUCUCAUCUUUGUGUAGCAUUGCACCCAGAAGGUGAGGUGAGCCCUCCCCACCACUGCUCCUUGCUGGGGAGGGAGAAUGAAAUAAAAACAUGGUGUCUUUUUUAAUUUCAGCCUUCUGCAGGCUUGCUGCUCGCCCUCAGAACUGACUCCCUGUGUUCGCCAUUAAGUAUUUUUGGUUGAAGAAUGGGAACCCUGCUUAUAAAGAUUAAAAAUAAGGGAAUUGCUAGAGUAUGGUAAUUAAUGGAGGAAGAAUAUAAUGCUGAGGUGAAAUCUGGGUGAGAUGAUGACGCAGCAGUGACAUGGGGGGACUACGUGAUGAUGUUAUGCUCCAUUGUGACCUCAUGCCAUGCAACGAGCUGCCAUUGGGGAGCUACAUGAGGGUGUAGGAGCAUCCUCCCUCUGUGUGUUCUGGCUGGCUGAGCUGCAGAGCGCCAUGGGUUGAGCUGUGAAGGGCAGCUUAGCUGUGUGUGGUGGUUUGCAGAGAGAAAUUAAACGUAGGCACCUUAAAGACUUCAUGUGGGCAAUGAUGCUGGUGGGCGUCCAGGUUCAGCUGCAGGCCUCAGCCGCCCCCACUGGAGGGAGUGGGGAUGGGCUGGGUGAUGCUGGGCUGUAAUGCCAUUGCCUGGCAUGAUGUGACCUUGCUGGUAAGCCCCCUGGUCCGGCCUUGGCGGGUGUUACAGCCAAGACGCUGUGCCAGUUGCUUCAGCACCUGCCUGCACCCCCAAACCAUUCCCUGGGUGACUUCACCCUCACCCCUGCCAAGCACAGCACCUCCUCCUGCAGAGAUCACCUGUAUUCAGACAUGGCUGCCUGCAGUGAAUGGUGGUGUCCGAGCCCUACGCUGCCACAGCUGAGAAAUGUGGGGAGCUCUGAGCCAUUAAGCACCCCCAUGGAACUGGAGUGAAUGGGCCAGAGGAGACAGGGGUGGCGGCAGAGGGCUGCUAUGCCUGCACCAUGAGUACCUAUCCAUGAGCCUUAGGGGCAUGACCCACCAUACCAGGACUGGCCCAUGCCGGGCUGGCUGAGAGCCCCUUGGCAGGCAGCAGAGAGCCCAAGGUCGGUGCAGCUCCUGGUCUGGGAAAGGAGGUGGGAGGAAGAAGGCGGCUCAUGGCAUUGUCCUCAUCCCAUGGGACCCUGGCUGCUGGUGGCCUGCCAGUGGCUAUGCCAGGGAGGAGCAGCGGGCUGUCCCCGUCCCUGCAGAGGGAAGUGUGCCUAGCCCAUAGACCUAGGCACCCUCCAAGCCCCGUUGUAAAGGUGGCAAGCAGGGCCUGGAAUAAACUUGAUGCUCACUUAAAGUGGGCGCCUCCUCUGCUUGGCCCCCACACCCUCCCUUGGCCCCACAACCCACCUGUUUGCUGGAGAGGUUCCUGGGCACCAUCUCUGGCAGCGGGGGAGGGCCAAAACCCUCCAAAUUUGGGGCUCUUGGGAAAGCUAAAUCUGCCUCUAUUUGUGCUGCCUGAAAGAAAAUAAACCUCCAUUCUCAUGCCCAAAAUCAAAAGCCAGCAAUUUUUAUGUUGUGGAAAAGCGCUGAAAAAAACCCCAAAUGGAAUAAUAUAGAAAAUUUCCUAAUUUUGGGAAAACAUGCCUGAGCUCCAGCAUUGGCUUCUGCUCACCAGCUGGCAGCAGCGAGGGCACUGACGUGCGCUGUACUGUACAUGCGCAGCUCUGCAGGUGCAGUGUGGCCUUUCCUCGCAAGGACACAGCAGCGAGCACAGUAGGACUGUGCACUGGGUGUACUGGUGGUCCCAGCUCAAGACUUUUCCACUAAAGGCCGGUACUGCAGCUGGGGUGACAUCUGCUGUCCCGUCGGGCCUGUCUCCCUUGGGCCCCCCGCCUGCCCAUCUCGGACCCGCCUCCUGCCUUCCCUGGCCCCCACCUAAAGCCUGCCUUGGCCUUUUCUCCUGCCCGUUUAGGCCAUGCCUUCUGGCCCUCCCUGGUCUGCCUCCCCCUCCCUUCGGCCCUGCCUCUCACCCUUCUUGGCCCAGUCUCCCGCCCUGCAUUGCUCCUGCCUCCUGGCCUUCCUUGGCCCCGCCGUGCACUGCCGUGGAGGUGCUGGUUCACAUGCAGCCGCAGCGGCUGGUGCCCCUCGAGCUACGGGAACCUCGCAUGCCCUCAAAAUGCCUGGCCCCAGGGACACUGCGGAGGGACCAAGCCACGCAAUGGUUUUAUUUUGUGCUGUUGCACACCAAUCUAUAAAGUUUUUAAAGAGAAGAAGUUGGAUUUGCAUGUGGUGAAGCAGCUGGACCACAUCAAGGUGAGCAGCGGGCGGCGGGGCAUUGUGGGAUCGGAGGCGGGUAUCUGGGCCUAGCUCUCUGCAGGCUCUCUUCAGCCUGAGGGGGUUUGGGGUGCGGAGAAAGAAAGGCCAGAACAGUGAUAAGAAAGCGGGGCCUAGGCCGUGCCAGUGCUGCCCCGCAGAGAUGCAGGGCCAGUCUCUCCAAAGUUUCCCAGAGUUCCCUGAAACUGCCCGUGGGGCCCUGAGGGUGCCAGGCUGUGGGGUGGCUGCCACUACCCCUGCCCUUCAGCAUGGCCCAGGGAGGCUGCAGAAGGAGUGGGGAAGCAGCUGAUUUGGGGCCCGACACAGAGACUAGGUCUUGUGCUCCUGGGGCUGGCAAACAGGGUCAUGUGGCUGGUUUUGAGGCUUCAGAAAGAGAGGGAGUCGUGUGGCUUUGGGCUAAGGAGCAGGGGUUGAUUCUGGCGUUUUGGGGACUUGAGCAAGAGGCUUAGCAGGUGGGUUUUGGGGCUCAGAAAGAGGCACUCAGUGAUGUAGUUUGGGUGCAGCAGCAGAAGUCAUUUUGGCUGGUUUUGCAGAGGGGGGGCAGGAGGGCAUUGGGGGCUGCAGGGGAAAGCAGGGCAUGGACGGGGUGCAGGGAGGCCUCCGGAGGCAGAGGGUCUGGUCACAUUGGACCCUGAAGUUUGGGAGGCUGGCACGCACCUGCCUGAACUCGACAUCUGAGGUGGUCUGUGGGGGGGAAAGGCACUUUUCAGACCCUGCAUGCCCUCUUCGAGUCUAGCUCUUCUUUGUACAUUGCUUAGGAUAGUUAUUAAGUAAUUAGUUGUACAACCUAGUUAACGUUUAUACCACCUAUAGCGGUGAUGUUUAAUCGUAAUGCUUGAGAUCCGGCAGUGAUUGACUGACAAUGUAGUUGAAAGCCCAGACCAGUGCAAACAGCUGUAGCUUGCGGAGAGAAGGAGCUGAAAUGGACUGGUGCAGAGCCUGGGCUUGGAUUAGAGGUGUGGCAAGCAGGAGGUGCAGCGAGAUGGAGUGCCCGCUGCCUGGAGCGUGCAUUAGCUGGAGGCAAGGCUGCUAGCAGUAGUAGGGAGUGGGAGCUGCCAUGAGCUGGAGCAUUUUUUAUUAGCAUGUGGUGUCAGUGUAGUUUAUUUUUGAGCACUUUAAUGCCAGUAGAAACAUAGUGAAUGAAACACAAUGGAAAUGGAUGUGUCACUUGAUUUUUAUUCUUUUAUUUUUAUUUUUUUUUUAAUUCAAGUAGUGAUGUCAUGUUUUUCUAUGGCUCUGUCUACAUUGUUCCAUGGAGCCUUCAGUCUAGGACUUUUAAGUAAAAAUGGUUUGUUGUUCCAGGAAAGGACCAGUCCUUCCUAGAGCUGAGAUGUAGACUUGGAGGGUCUCUUAAGGACAUGAUCAGAGUGAAAGCCAAAUUUCAGCCAACAUUGCUGCUACUGUUCUUCACUUUUGUUAAUGCCCCCACAGCUCUCUCAUGGGUGGGAGCUCUGAUUCACAAUCUUUUUUCAGUCUCUAACACAUUUUUUUUCCCUAAGGAGACAAUACGUUUAAAAGUUACUGAGUUUCCUCCCAGAUGUGCCAGUGACUACCAUUGAGUUACAAUUAUUAAAAGCACAAAAGGGGCACACUCUUAGAGAUGGGGACUAUUUCUGGACACGCGUUAAUCCCGUGCAGGUAUUCUCAGGAUACAGAUUGCCUGUGCUUCCUGCUCUGACAAGACAGCAUGCUGACUGGGAUGAGCCCCUGAAGACAAAAAAGAGGCCAGGUGCUGGGGUUUUUGUUUCUUUGUUUGUUUGUUUUGUGGGGAUGGGGGCAUGUGGUUUCCAAAACAGGGUGGGAGGUUGACUGCAGGUGGCAGCCUGCAGAGCUCUUUCGCUGCCUGACCUCACCUUUUCUUUUUCACUCCUCUUUCAUGGCAUCUGUGCUAAAAGCAGUCGAGGUCAAAGAAGAGACGUGGACAAAACGGGACGAACUUGCGCCACUUCUGCCUGUUUUCCAGGCUUUGCCACAAAGCAAGGAGCAUCAGCAGCCUUGUCACUGGUAACUGUGAGUCCUGAUGUGGUUUUGGAGAGUCAAACCUUCCAGGAACGUCCUUUGUCUGUAGCCUGCAGCAUGUCAUUUGGACAUCAGUCGGAAGGAGAUUUUCCUAAAGGGAACGGGUUUCUCAUUCCAAGCAGUUGCCUUUUCUGAAGUUCCCACGAUAAGCGGAUCCUCGGGGAUGAUGCGCUGGGCAGCGGAAGUCAUCAGCAAUGAGACGUUGCGCAGUCUAUUAAAUAAGGAAAAAAAAAAAAAAAGCCCUUCUAAAGGCCCAAGCGCAGCACAUCUUCCAA